AUGGCAAACACUUAUGUUACUACAUUUGAUGGGUACUGUCUUGCUGACCCUAUGCAGUACUAUGAUAUUUUGCCAGAACAAAUUGAUUAUCAGCUGCACAACACUGAUUUUCAAGAAUCACCUCAUUGCCAGUAUUCUACAGCUCAGUUUCCUCCGGCUCUCCAAUCCCAAUCUUUACAAAGCCAUUUCAACACCUAUGGCUUGGAUCCACAGUACAGUGGUGAUGGACAGUGUGGACUUGAUUCUUGUGAAUUAAAUAAAACCACUUAUGUGGUUGCUCACAAUGUUGAAGAUGGAUACCCUGGAAUAAAAAGGUCCAAGCCAACUUGUUCUUUGCAAAUGAAGGGACAGAAAGAACUCUGUGUAGUUUGUGGUGAUAAGGCAUCAGGAUAUCAUUACAAUGCACUUACUUGUGAAGGUUGCAAAGGUUUUUUUCGACGUAGCAUUACCAAAAAUGCAGUAUAUAGUUGCAAGAAUGGUGGUCAUUGUGAAAUGGACAUGUAUAUGCGUAGAAAAUGUCAAGAGUGCAGACUGAAAAAGUGUAAAGCAGUAGGCAUGUUGGCAGAAUGUUUACUCACAGAAAUCCAACGCAAAUCAAAGAGGCUUCGAAAGAACUUUAAGCAGAAGAAUAGUUUUUACUAUAAUGUCAAAGUGGAAGAGGAAGGAGCAGACAACAAACUUGUAUCAUCCACCACUAGAUCUGGAAAAGUGACUCAGGAGAGCAUGGAAUUAACUCAAGAGGAACAUCAGCUUAUUAAUAACAUUGUGGCUGCACAUCAAAAAUAUAUGAUUCCUUUGGAGGAAACAAAGAAAUUUCUGCAGGAAUAUACCAAUCCUGAACUGAGCUUUUUACAACUCUUAGAGAUAGCUAUCCUUCAUGUCCAUGGGAUGAUGGAGUUUACCAAGGGACUUCCAGGAUUCGAAAAGUUGACUAGUGAGGACCAGACUGCACUACAGAAGGGAUCAAAAGCUGAAGUGAUUUUUCUUCAUGUGGCCCAACUUUACAGUCAGAAAGUAUCAACCUCCAAAAGUACUAUGAGACUAUCAAAUCAUGCAGCUCAUACAUUGAAUGGUCACAAUCAGAGUGGUGAUAGAAGUGUUAUUUAUUCUAUGGACAAAUUUUGGAAUGAAGACUGUCCUUCGGCUACUUUAACUGGUAUUACUGAAGAAUUUAUUACCUCACUGUUUUACUUCUACAGAAGAAUCAGCGGACUUUAUAUAACUAAUACUGAAUAUGCUUUACUUGCAGCAAUGGCUGUGCUUUUUUCAGAUCGUCCAUGUCUUGAAAAUAAGCAACAAGUGGAGAAUUUACAAGAACCAAUUUUACAAAUUUUGUAUAAAUAUUCAAAAAUUCACCAUGCAGAAAACCCACAGCAUUUUGCUCAUCUCAUAGGGAGGCUAACAGAACUGAGAACUCUGAAUCACAACUACUCAGAAAUACUUAGCACUUGGAAAACAAAGCACCCCAAAUUUAUUAAUUUAUUUUCUGAGAAAUGGAAUGUGUACUCACAUUGCUGA